GUGCCGCACGUGAGGCAGCAGCACUCGUGGGACUGUGGAGUGGCGUGCGUGCUCAUGGUGCUCAAGGCGCUCCAAGUCCCCAUCCACCCCGUCCAAACCGAGCCCACGCAAAGCAUCCCGAUCGUCCAUUCGCUACAGCCAAUCAGAGCAUCUCCUGCCAUGCCUGCUGCUACAGCCGCAACUAGAUCCUCAGGAUCAAGCGUGGUUUUUCCAGUAGCACAUUCAGCUACAGCUGUGAUCCAUAACCCUGCUACAGCCGCAUCCCCUGCUCUUGUAGCCAGAGCUACAGAUACGGACUCAGACCCAGCUACAGCUGCUGCUACAGCCUUUGCCUCGCCCCCACCCAGCAGCGCAGCCACUGGCGCAGCAACCAACAGAUUCCCAGCAGCCGUCGCUCAGCCCGCCAUAUCCCCGCUAACAGCGGACUCGUUUGCGUUAGAAGCACCUCACGAGGAGCUUUCCUUGCACGGGUCAGCCCAGAUGGUUCAGGGAGAUGAAACGGGAGCACAGGUUGAAGCGGUGCGAGAGAGUGCUGCUGUGGCGCGCAGCUGCCUGACCGACAGGGCGUCUGUGCGUGUUGCUGAGGGCGCUCAUGCCACGUGGGAGUCCCUGGAGCCAGUGGAGGGUGCUGUGGGGUGUGGGGAUGUGGGAGAGGGUGCGAAUGGGUGCAUGCACACAGGACAUGGUGCUGCUGAUGAGUGCACAUGGAUGCGCACAGCAGUGGGUGCAGGGGUUGCCGCAGAGGGGCUGGUGAGACGAGGGUCAGCAAGGGGCCGUGGCUGUGCGGUGCGAGGUGGUGAAGGGGGGUGUGACGCGGUACACGACACGACACAAGACAUGCGAGCGGUAGCAUGUGCAAGUGCGGGUGUAGGGAGGGGGAGGGCCGGCGGGAGCAGGGAGGCAUGUGAGCUGCAGCAUCUGCACCGCCAGUGCGGCACCACCAGUGUGUGGAGCAUAGACCUGGUGGCGCUGCUGCAGCGCCACGGCGUGGGGGUGGAGUUCCUCACCGUCACCAUCGGCGCCAACCCCUCAUUUGCCUCCCAGCCUUUCUACAAGGAGAACAUGCCAGGGGACGUGGUCCGGGUCAAUCGUCUCUUUGCCGACACCAUACGAGCCGGCGUGCGCAUUCAGUGUGCGUCAAUAGGCAUUCAGCAUCUGGCUUGGCUGCUCCUCUCUGGUCGCUACCUCAUCAUUGCCCUCGUGGAUAAGCGCAGCAUCACCCAUCCACUGGCAUCAGAGCGUUGCCCUCCUGAGUGCUGCGGACCCACUCCAGGCUACAUUGCGAUCGACCGGCCUGCCCGUCUCUUCAUUCGCCGCGCCAUGCCUGUCCUGGCAGGUCACUUCGUGGUGCUCUGUGGCUUUGACAGCCACUCGAAGAUGUUUGAGAUCUGCGACCCCUCCUCGCAUGGUGGCACAUCGUGGGUGCCGAUGGCAGCAGUGGAGGAUGCACGCAUGACGUUCGGCACCGACCAGGAUCUGAUCCUGGACCUUCGCCGUGGCUUGCUGGAAGCGGGUCGGCCGCGCGUGGCCGGCUUGAGGCGCCUCUCCAUCGGCGCGCUCAGGCUGCUCGCCGCCCUCCUCGGCCUCCCGUUCCCCCUCAACCUCCCCCCCGCGGGCCGACCUCCCGCUGCCCCUCUCGCCGCAUUUACUCGCCACGCAACUUCCGCCGCAAGGAACGCCGCUUCUUCCGCUUUUGGUGCCAAAACUUUCCCCCAAAGCACGACCGCCGGUUGCGGGCGUUUGAAGGAGGAGCUGAUAGACCGCGUUCUGACAGAUUCCGUUUGGAAAAAGGGCGAUUUGCCGGCCAGAGUUGACGGAGGAAUGAAGGGGAGACGGGAGAGAAUGAUGACGGAAGGGGAGCUGCGCGCCGAGUGCGACGUGGGGCGGAAGGGGGUAGAAAGGCGGAGAGAGGCGGAAAGGGGGAGGGAGGGGGAAAGGAGGAGGAAGGGGGACAGCGGCAAGGAGGGAGAAGGGAGGGAGGUGGAAGGGGGGAGGGAGUGGAAAAGGAGAAGGGAGGGGAAAGGGGUGGAGAGGGAUUCGCGGAAGAGUGGGAAAGGGAGGAGGGAGAGUGCGGUGAGAGAGACGCAUGCUGGCGACGGAAGCGAUGCAGUGCGGUGCGGAGGGACGGAGAAGGAUAAGGCAAGUUGUGGAGGGAUGGAUGGGGAGAGGGCGGAUGCUGUAAGAACCAGCGACAGGGAUGGCGGGUGUGCCAGGGGCGGAGGGUGGGCGUUGUGCCCACAGCAGGCGGGGCAGCGCAGGAAGCGGGUGAAAGCAGUGGCCGUGGCGGCAGGGGGAGGUGCAUGUGAGAGGGCGGGCAAGUAUAAGCCUGGUGGGGGAGGGGGUAGGGGUGAGGCCGUGGAGUGUGUGGUGUGUGCGAGUCCGGCGAGUGGUGAGGCUGGUGGGGCGAUGGCUGGACAUGCAAAGGUGGGCAACAGUGACUCGCCCGUGCUUCUGAUGCCUCUGUUGCCGCUGCUGCCCGUGCUGCCCGUGCUGCCCGUGGCGCCUGUGCUGCCAGCAGUGCCAGUGAGUGCAGGCAGGAGCACAGCGGGUGGGCGGCGGCGCCUGAGUGCAGCAGAGUUCUUCGGAAGCGGUGUGGACAAAAGCAGGGCUUGUGGAAGGGGCGCUGGCGCAUGUGAGCGUGCUAGGGGCGAGGAAGAGCUGGAGUGUGGUGCAAGCAGCACGGCGUGUGAAGGUGCCCUCCCCGCUGUGUGCUCCGCUAUUGACAGUCGCGGGUUAAGUCAAGGGAUCGAGGCGGGGCAAUGGAGAGAUGGGGGAGAUAACCGAGACGAGGCCGUCUGUCAGACAAAAGGAAAAGGAGGGACAGGAGGAGGGGGAGAAAGAGGAAAGGCAACAGUGGUGUGGGAUGGGUGUGCUGUUGCGACUGUGCACCAUGCUUCUGCAUCUACUGCCGCCAUUCCCGCUCCUGCGGUGGCUCGUAUUCCUUCACCACCCGCAGUUUCCCCUCCAGAGGCCACAAGCUCACUCCACCAGCCCUGUUUCUUGAUUAGCUCACACAUGGAGUGUGCGGCGAGCACAGCAGCCAUGGGGGGCACUGGGAAGGCCGGGAGGGCUGUGCCGGGGUUGGCAAGAGAAGGCACUGAGAGCAGCAGGGCACGCGGAGGCUGCACACAGGGCACAAGAGCAGAGCUGCACCCGUGGCAGUGCGCUGGGAGCCGAUCAGAGAGGCAUGUUGCGAGCAGGUCAGAGAGGUGUGUUGAGAGCAGGUCUCGCUCCGUCACCCCUGAGCCAUCUGCUGGUGAUCUGGACCUCUGUGUGGACAGGUGUCUCGCUAUGAUUGGCGGAGCAGAGGACAGCGGCGAUGGUGCUGCCAGCCAUGAGGAAGCUUCCAUGCAAGGGGGCGGCAGAUGGGGGCUGUUUGGGGCUGUGGGGAUUCCUCAGGCAGUGUGUGUGCGUGAGCUGGGGAGUGUGCAGGGUACGUUCAGGCUGGCUGCUGAGGGAAGCUUUCCCGCUGCUGCUGCUGCUGCUGCUGGCGGUGCUGCUGGCGGUGCUGGUGGUGGUGGUGGUUGUGGCGGUGGUGGGGGUGCUUUAUUUGGGGACGUGGGGCGAGUGGCGUUUGCACGGCAUAAGGAGGUGCUGAGGGCAGCAGGGAGGCGGGGCCACUGGCAGGAGUGA